AUGGCUCGACGAAAUAGCCGCCCAAAAGGCAAAUCACGAGAGUUGUGUGAUCCCACAUAUGAGCAGCGGAUCCAGACUGCCAUCCAGGGGAUCACAAACAAGGUCUACAAGAGCAUCAAAGAAGCUGCAUUGGCUAAUAGUCAUAUCCUGCACCAUACAGCCAUUAUAAUUACAACUAGGGAUCCACACGGGUAUACCCCAGGGUGUCAGGGACCUGACCCGCACCCGCACCCCGAGGUAUACCCAGACCCGCACGAAGGGUGCGGGUUUUUGGGGGAACUUACUGAGACAUUGCGAACGGCAGGGAACGACUUGGAUCAGCAUGGCUCGAGCUCAAAGCGGGAUCGACACACUGACAACCUGCAAAUGGUGGGAAACGACUUGGAUCAGCAUGGCUCGAGCUCGGCGCGGGACCAACACACUCACAAGCUGCGAAUGGCGGGAAACGACUUGGAUCAGCUUGGCUCAAGCUCGACGCGGGACCGACACACUCACAUCCUGCGAACGACGGGAAACGACUUGUAUCAGCAUGGCUCUUGCUCGAACGAGGAUCGGCACACUCACAUACUGCAAACGUUGGGCGACGACUUUGAUCAGCAUGGCUUGAGCGCGACGCGGGACCAACACACUCACAUCCUGCGAACAAUGGGAAACGACUUAUAUCAGCAUGGCUCUUGCUCGAACGAGGAUCGGCACACUCACAUACUGCAAAUGUUGGGCGACGACUUCGAUCAGCAUGGCUCUUGCUUGAAUGAGGAUCGGCACACUCACGUUCUGCGAACGUUGGGCGCAGGCUCGGAGCACAAGACGCUUCGCCUGUGGGACUUGAAGACAGGUGUUGUGUUGAAGAGGAUGGAGGGGCAUCACAGUUAG